UGUCUUUUUGUCGUGUAGUUGGCUACUGUGAUUGUAUUACCUACUGGCCGACCAGAAUUUUUUGUUUUCUAUUAUUUUUUUAUCGGGAUUUGUUCAUACAAUCUACUUACUUAAGAAUCAAUUAUAGUUCAUAUGCAGUGUUUUCCGAUCAGUUACAUCUUCUUUGAAACUAUAUGUUAAUAAGGAAAAACGUUAUUAAAAGUUUGACUUUGGCUCUUCAUCGGGCUUCAGGAACAAAAAUGAAGAUAUCUGUUUUUUAAUUUAGUCGGAAUAGCAAACUCAUAUACAUUAUGGGAGUCCAAGAUUUACAAAAGUAUUUAGAAAACAUCGCUUUGGAAGGGGGAUCGGUUUCUGUUGAUUUAUUAAAAGUUGCCAGAAAUGUCAGUCAAAGGCAGCAACCUCAUAACACUAAUCGAAGAAUUAGGCCUAUCGGAAAUAAACUCAAACUCAUUGUAGAUGCUGAAAAUUGUUUAGAUAGGCUAUAUGGAGGUUAUUUUUCCGACUGGGCAUGUGGAGGACAAUGGAACCGUAUGGUGCAAUUUCUAUCUUUACUAACUGGUGCCACGGAUCGUGGAAAUAUAGAAUUGGCUGUGGUAUUUAACGGAACAAUAGAACAAUGUCGUAUGGAUGAGUGGAUUGCUGAACAAGCAAAUAUACGGCAGCGGGUGGGUAUGGUUUUAAAGCAUAUUAACACAAAGGCUACCCCACCUCCCAAAAUAUGGUGGACAGCUCCUAUAUGUCUAAGAUCAGCUUUACGAAUGGCACUUAGACAUUUAGGCAUCAUUGUGAUGUGUACAAUGGAUGACCAUCAUCAGGAAGUAAUAGCUUAUUGCCGGGAAUAUGGCUUUCAUGGUCUCUUAGCUGAUGAUGCUGAAUAUGCUGCUUUUGAUCCACCCCGUUACUUUUCAUCAGAACAAUUAAAAUUGACAUAUAAAGGUUCUAUUGAAACCAAAGAAUAUAUGUUAAGUGUUUUGUCAAAAGCUUUAAAUGUAACUCAGGAGCAGAUUUGUGUCAUGGCGGCACUGCUCGGCAACUUUUUGCUACCUGAGAGCAAUCUACAAGAUAUAUAUAAGAAGAUUGGCUUAUCAAAAUCUUCAGAAAAUUCAUCAGAAGCUACAGUUAAAACUCUGGCAGAUUUUGUUCGCGAGCUACCACCUCCUACUAAUUUGGACUCUUUAGUUGUUGCAGUGUUUGGUUCCCUUGAAGAUAAACGUGCUUCAAAAUUGAGGCAGUCUGUUCAGUACUAUUUAAAUGGUACUGCUAGUGGGUUCCUAAAAUAUUGCGCUCCACAAAAACCAAGGUCAAAGCCACCAGCUCAAAAGAAUAAUAUUUCAAAAGAUGAUAAUGAUUUAAAAGGAUUGGAUACUUCAGGCUUUGCUUCAGAAACACAGGAGCAACAACUAGAGAGUUUGGAAACAUAUAAUUUAAUUACUGCUAACACUAUAAUAUCAAGUGAGUUUGAUGACCUAGACAGUAUUCUAGAUAGGGCCACAGACAUACUAGAUAAAGCAUCUUUAUCAUCUGACAUAACUCGUUUUAAUGGUUUAUCAAAUGGAUCUUCACUAAGUUCCAAUGAUCCUGUUUGUACAAGUUCAUCUAGUGCCAAAUUGAACAUGUUGGUUAGUAAUAGCAUGGAUGGCAGUAGUGCAUCAACUUGUCCCAAGCAAUCACAUAAGAAGUCUCAGUCAUUAAUAAGCUCAAAUAUAGUAAAUCCGUCUGUAUCCCCCGAUGUACUUAGAACUGCAUCUCUUCGUCAUCAGAAAGGUUUAAUGGCUCCAAUGAUUUUGCAUGUCUUAAGUGCACAAGAAGUUAGAUUACCGUGCCUUAUGGAAGAUGAGGGUAAUAGGGAAUUUCCUCCAAUUCAUGAUAUAUAUCAACCACUUAGACGAAGAGUGUAUGCAGUUUUGUUUAACUUGCAUCACUUAAGAUAUGUACAUACCAAAAAGAAAGAGAAUGGAGAAUUACCGGAACAUAUGCCACAACCAGAUAUUGUAGUUAAAGAAUGGAUAUAUAGUCGGUCAAACCCUUAUCAGUUUCCUGAAGAAAUUAGAGCUGAGCCUUUGCCAUGGGCAGUACCAACACUACAAAGGUUAUGGUUUGGACCAUCAGUUGAUGAUAAACGUAGACGUAUGCGCGCUUUUCUGUCUUGCCUGAAUUCGGACACACCUCUUAUUUUGAACACCGCCUAUGUACCACAGCAUAUGCUCAUAAUGGCCUGUGUCUUAAGGUAUAUAAUGUCGCAAGAUAGGCCCAUCAUGAGGAGAAAUGAAUUGGAUGCUUUUUUAUGCCACGCCUUUAAUCCAAAUUUAAUGAAUGUGCACCAUCUUCAAGAAUUAACACUUAAUGUUGUAUCAAGUCGUGGGGUACAGUUAGCGGCUCUUUUCAUGGAGGGAGUAGAAAUGGCUAUUCUAGCAAAUGAUGCAUGUGGAGCACCUUUGCCUUGGUUGAUGUGUUGUCCGUGGUUGUAUUUUGAUGGAAAAUUGUUUCACUACACUUUUGCACGAUCUUCUCAUGCAAAAAAUAUUCUUGAAAUUUGUGAUAAUUAUAUUGAGAGAGUUGUUAAAGUGGAACGGAUGCGAAAAGCUAUUCUCGAAGGGCUCGAUGUUAAAUUUGCUAAAAUUCCACUGCCGCAUUUUCCGGGAGGCCCAAUGCUUAGACAAGGUAUUCCCCCUCCACAUUGUUUGCCAACUCUAUCCUUGGCAUCUAGUCGAACAUCUCCUGGCUUGAGAGGUAGACCAAUUCCUUCUCGAGGCGGGCAAUUACAAGUUGCUGGUGUAGUUGUGGGAUCUUGGGGUGCCAAUUAUGGAUUUUCAAGUAUGAGACCAAAUCAGCUAUUGCCCGCUGGUAUGUCAUUAGCGCAUAGAGGAAGAGGAAAAGCCUUUGGGAACUAUAGCAGAGGUAGAGGGCAACAAAAACAGGGUCCGCCAUCUUAUCCAGUGGUGAACAGACGAGUUCAAACAAACAAAAAACGAAAUCCCAACAAAUCUUCAAAAGACAAAAAGACUAAGGGCCUCUCUCUGACUGUGAAAACUGACAAUGGAGAUGUUCCUGUUAAUAAUAUGAUUGGAAAUGGUGGACUAACACCUGGAGGGAAAAAAGAAGACUGCCAAGAAGUAUCUGGUCACCAUGGACAGGGUGAUGGCCCUCCAAAUAUUAUUGAGACUCCUUCAGAAUAAUUUUGUGGGAAGUUUUGUACAUGUGUUGUCUGUGAACACAGUUGAUCAUGUACUGGAGUAAAAAAUCUACUUUAUUUAUUUUUAGCUCAUCCAGAAUGGGUUGGUAAAUAGAAUAAACAUAACACGUAAGAUUACUGUAUUAAUGGAUAUUAAGCAUUUAGGCUCACUUCACAGCUGUUGAAUUGAUCGUAAGAAAUACAGGAUUUGCUACAUCUUAUUAAUUUGCAGUUAUUAGCGGAAUUGGUAAUGUAUUUCUUAUAAUCAGUGAUACAAUUAUCAUUAUAAAAAAGUAAAAAUAACCAGGUUUAUCUAAAAUUUAUAGAGACUUUAGCAAUCCCUUAUCUACAAAGUAAUGUCUAAAUAUUUCUAUUUAAAAUAUAUUCCCACAAAAUGUUGUGAUUUGUAUUAGAAAGGGGAAGGUAAUGAACCAACCUAUUAUAUAUGUGGUUGAUAUAUUUUAUCUUGUUCAGACUUCGAUUUAAAGACACUUGGUUGUAAAAUGUUUGUUUGUUUGGUAACAUCAGCUAAAAUAUUAAAUUUGGGAACAUUUGCUGAAGAAAUUUGUCGGACAAGGUAAUAUAUAUCGGCCAAAAUUUUUCUCUUCACUUUUUGAUUGGUGUGAAGUAUAUUUCGCAAAAAAAUAUUUAUUACGUUAUAUCCAGAAUAAUUUGCUGCAAACAAAUCUAUUUAUUUGCUGUUGAAAAAACAUUUGAGAAAUGCAUUAAAAUUAAUAUUUUUGCUAUUUUGUAUAGCAGAGACAUUUGAAAUAGUUCUCAAAAUGUUUACUUUUCCUUUCCGUUGAAUUUUUGCAUCUGUAGCAAAAUAGCUUGAAAACAUUGUACGCAUCUGAAAGCCUUUGUAGUUAUUAAAUUGAAAAGAUAAUUGUUAACAAAAAUCAACACUGGAAAAUUGGGAAUAUUUUCGGUUUUACCAACCAUUCAAAAUGUUUAACCUGAAUUGGGAUUAUUUUUUUCAUUCAUAAUUAUGGUGAUUUGUCAAAUGACGUUACUGUAUUUCCAGUUUUCUAUGUCAAAGAAUUUUUAUAUCACUACCUUUUGUGCAUCUAUUGAUAUAAAUCGAUGCGAUAUUUAAUUGUUAAAAUUUCUUAAUAAAUAUAUACACGAA